AUGAUGCUCCAGUCCCCUUUCUACCACGGAGCUUGGCAAGAUCGAUAUUCCGGUCUGUGUGCUCAACGAAUAAUCGAGCUCGAGGAAGAAAAUGCCCGAAUUGUUGUGGAACAGAACGAUGUGCUGGAGAGCCAACGAAUUCGAAAAGUCUCCGCUGAUCUCCAAGAAUCACAGCGUGAAAUUUUGAUGAAAUUCACUAGAUGGCCAUUCACACCCGAUUCUCCGAUCCAUACCACCAUCAUCGAGUUGAAAUGA